UCCUCCGAAGGGGCCGAACACGCGCGGCGAGCCGAGAGGGAGAGAGCAGCAGCAGCAGCCGGAGGAGCCGAGCAGCCGCCGGAACAGCCGAGCGACCCGCGGCCGAUUGUUACCCAGUUUUCCGUCGGGGAGACAGGGCAGGGGGGUGGGCUGGGGGCUCGGGUACAGAAGAAUGAGAGAGCCCUCUUACCGGAGGGGGCGAAAACAUGAACGGGGCCGUGUACAUUUCGUUUUUCCAGGGCCAGCUGGAGUCCGUGCUGGAGCAAGUCGUUCAGCUCGCCGUCCAGGAAAUAAGCAAGACGGUGGGCUCCAGUCUGAACACGCUGCUGCUGGAGACGGCCGUGAAGGAGCAAGAAAACCGCCGGCUCACGCUCCUGCUGCAGUCGCGGGAGAACCGGGGCCGAGGCAACGCCAACCCCGCGGACAGCGGCGGCUCCCCGGUGGCGGGUAAGAACAAGGCGGCGGCGGCGGCGGCGGCGGCGGGGGACGAGAGGGCGGACAGCGGCAGAACAAAGCCCGAGCAGAGGCAGCAGCUGCUACACGCCCCCGGAGGGCAGGGCACCGAGCCCGGCGUACCCACCGACACACGCCGCCUGGAGCACAGAGGACGAGUCGUGGAACAGCUGAAGUCGGUCAUGGAGCAGGUCCUGGACUUCGCUGUGCGCGAGCUGACGAAGAUCGUGGAGGCUUCGUUUGAUGACCUGCUGCUGGAGAUCACCAAGAUGGAGAGGGAGCAGCGGGUCCUGGAGGAGAGGCUGGACAAGAGCUCCAACGGAGGAGGAGGAGGAGGAGGAGGAGGAGGAGGAGAGAAGGGGAGAGGAGGAGGAGGAGAGAAGGGGAGAGGAGGAGGAGGAGAGAAGGGGAGAGGAGGAGGGGGAGCUGGGGGGAGGAGGAGGUGGUCGGAGAACGACUCGGUGUCGCCCAGCGACUCUGAGGACGCCCGGGAGGAGCUCACGAAGGUCCCGGUGUCCAAAGAGACGGCAGAGAGAGACGACCCGGAGCGUCCCCCCGUCCUCUCGGUCUCUCAGGACUGGGUUCCCAUCCUGGACAAAGUCUUCGGUCAGAAGUGGUGCAGUGACGUCUGGCAGGUCAAAGAGCUCGGAGGGGGAGGAGGAGGAGGAGGAGGAGGAGGAGGAGGUGGUGGGCGGAGUCUGGGUGAGGGAGGGGCACAGCAGGUGCAGCCUCUCUCCGCCCCCUCUCUGACCCUGGAGCCCUCCCCCUCCUCCCCCCAGCAGGACCCCCGCUGGACUCCUCUGGAGGACAUGGAGGUGUUUUCUCCUGAUGAUGAAGACGGUCAGAGGAACACCGGGGGAGGAACCACCACCACUGGACCCUCACCUGGACCCUCACCUGGACCCUCACCUGGACCCCCCCUCAGCCCCACAGGAUCUUCAGGUCGUCGCUCGUCUGCCUCGAUGCUUCAUCGUCUCCUGACUCUGCCGUCUCAGCUGCUGGACGACGAGGACGCCGCCGCCGCCGCCAACAAAACGCUGGCGGCUCUGGCGACCGACGGCGCCGACGACCACCGAGACGGAGUCGAGCCGCCCGGCUUGACCUGCCCGUCGCCCCUGACAACCAGGGAGGAGGAGGAAGAGGAGGAAGAGGGGGAGGACAAAGGGAGGAAGAAGAAGAGGAGGAGGGUGUGGUCGGAGUGCGAGGAGUGCGGUCGGAGGUUCAGCCGGAUGUCUCUCCUGAAGGCUCACCGUCAGACUCACGACGCAGAAAACGCCGCCGCCGACACGUCGUCCCCCUCGUCUCCGCCCGGCGGCACCGCCUCGGCGCUGCGCUGUUCAGAGUGCGGGAAGAGGUUCUCCUCGGCGACCCGCCUCAACAGCCACAUCCGGACCCAGCACCCCGGGAACCGGUCCUGAACCCGACGUGACGGAGCGGGUCGCCUGUGCUGAACUUGAAACAGGAUCACCAACAGAGUCCAACAAAAGCUGAACAAAAACCAGACCGGGUUCAGACCUCAGAGCAGAACCAGAGGAGGAUCCACAGACCUCAGACCGGAUCAGAACCAGAGACCAGAAACCAUGAAAGGGAAACACAUCCGGAUCUGAGUCCAGUAGAUGUUCCUCGAAACUGGAUUUGCUGAAGUUAUCCGACGGUACGCAGACGAGACCGAUUUUAGACUCUUAACAGAUGCUUUUACUCUGAAAUACAACAGGAAGAUGUUUUGAAAAAGUAAUUUUUUGGUUAAAUAUGACUUAACUUCCUUUAAGCUGCAGAUUUCAUGCUUCGAUGGAGCUCAAAUUGCUUCAAAAAAACAGGAUUAAAAACAAAGUGGAGCCGAAAUGUUUGGGAACCAUAAAGCAAUAACGAUAAAAUAAAGACCGUAAACAUCUAAAUAAAUAAGGAGCGAAGAAUACGAAUAUAAAAGCAGGGAAGUUACGAUUACCACAAACUGGAAUCCAGAUUAAAAAGAUCAAAAAGACCUCACGUUGUCGUCGGCUGGAGUCUAAAACCGGUCUGUCCCUCGUCAUCAGAACCAAUCACAGCGUCUCUGGAGGUCACGCGGUCGAGUAUCAGAUGGAGUUCUGGUCCGAUAGCCGGUUCUGUUUUGGAUCCGGUUCAAGGUCGGCAAAAUACCCGGAUUCAUUAAGUUCAGACGCUAACGAAUCUCUAAUUGAAUCUUUUAUCUCCGCUUUUUUCUUCUUAGUAUCAAAACAUUCAGGAAGCAGUUUUUCACUGUUGUUGACGUUCUGUGAAAUUUGGCUGAGAAGGAAGUAAAACUCCGGAUCUCAGCCGAGUCCCAAAGGCCCCGAAACCCAGGUUUCUGCAUCAGCUUCCUGUCACGAGCGACGGGGUCCGAACACGAACACAAACACAAUCUGCCAAAGCCGCAACAGGUUUGGUUAUUUCGAGAGAGAGUUCUCCUGACGAGCUUUAAACUGUUGGAAAAUUAUAAUUACGAAUGUUUUUUCCCCGAAUUUUAACUUUUGAUGUUUAUUUAAGAAUAUUUAAGGUUCAGAUUUAAAGUUUUCAGGGCCUCUAAAAUGAUUUUAUCUUUAGUUACUUACAAUGUGGAAAGCUGAAACUAUAAAUGGAUUUGAAAAGGGAUUCGCAAGGAUUUGAAUUAGACAAAAUACCAUUGAAUCCCAGCUCCGGACCAGAAUGCCCCUCUGAGUAGAUCUGGAACGGGAACUUUAGACAACAAAACGUCGGCGUCAGAGGAAAUGACAUACAAGCGUCUGACUGGGGGAACGAACGGGAAUGAAACUGAGCCCAGGAACGGAAGCAGAAGGAUCCUCUUCCUCCUGUACAUACUCCUCUUCUUCUUCUGCUCCCGUAAAAUAUCUCAAAUCCUCCUCGUCGACAGGAAACGGGCUUCGGCCGCCGCGGGCGAGUUCCGGUCCUCGGACAGCCGGAGCGCCGUUUCCUGUUUCUUCGUGGUUUUUGUUUUUCGUGUUGGACCUGUACAGCGUGGACGGUCACUCUCACGGGAACGAGUGACCUUUGAUUUUUCUACCUGUUUGUCUUUAAAGUGCUCUUUAUUGUUUUUCUCAACAAACAGACUCUUCUUUCUCUUUUUAAAAAAAACAGUUUUGGAUUAUCGUCAGGUGCAUUUUUGUCGUCAUAGUUUAGUUUUUUAGACGAUCUUCGGGGAUUCUUGCGUCGCGACUCGUGCAGGAAAACAAAGGAAGAUAAACUUCGUCAGUGGCAUCGAUUGUUUGGACUGUGAAUGUGAAUCUCUGCAGUUUGUAUCCUUUUUACUUUUGUUGUACAGUUUUUACUUUUCAGACAGAACUGAUGAUGAAACGAGAGAAAAGAGGAAGGUUUCGAUGUUUCUCCUCUGCUUCCUACUGUCUUUACUUCCUUCAUCCUCCCCUCGUUCUUCGGUUCGGUUCGGUAACCUCAUGUUGACGCACAAAUACCUCCUGACGAACAAACGAGACCACAUGCGGUUUUUAUUUUAUUUUUUCUGGCUUCAACUAACGGUUUUCUUUUCUUGACUUCAGUUGAUCCGAUCUGUCGAACCUCGUUGCUGCCAGGAAAAGAAAGAACAGAUGAAAUGUUAGGAACUCGUUGUAAGUCAGAAUUAUGCGACACUAAAACAAUCUGCGACGUUUUCUUGUAAAAAUGACUGAGCAUCUCGUUAUUUUGAGAUAUGGAUCGAGUGAUUACGAGAUAAAGUUCAAAUUAAAAUAAUUCUGAGAUUUUUUUUUUUUUUGGAAUUACAAAAUAUGACAAUUAUGGAGUUUGACUUGAUGUAAGUCAUUUUCUUUUUAUCAUUCCUAACUUGUGUGGCAGAAAUGAGCUGCCAUCCAUCAACCAGGUGUAAACGAGAGACUGUUUAAGGUUCAAAAUAAAGACGGGUUCAGGGCCCGCUGUUAGAGGUCUGAACGUUUGGACUUGAUCUGGAACCGACCCGUGGAAAACCUGAGACCUGAACCUGACGCGUAAACAUUUACUUUCAUUAAAACCAGACACGAAAGGGACUGGAUAUGAUUCGACUUAGCUGGACUCGGGUAGAGGGUCUCCGCUUUGUUUCCCUUAAUGCACCUCAGCAUGUGACUCUUUCCCUCACAUUAUCAAUUAAUGUCCUUAGUACAUUUUAUUUGUUCAGUUUGUUAAAUCAAACCCCGAAAUGACUUAAUUAAUUUCUUCAAAAGUAUGAUUUAUUGCCCUAGGAGUAGUUAGUAAGUCUUUUUGCAUCUGAAAAACCUACUUAAAGAUCUUUCUGGUGACAGCAGCGGUUCUUAUUACAUUUUAACACUAUAUAAUCUUGUUAUCCAUUGAAAUAUGUUCAUCAACGUUACAUCUCCACGAAUGUCACUUCAAGAUCAAAAUCAAGUGAGAACGUGGAGGGGACGAAUUCUCUGUAACUCGCUUAAUUAGAGAACAAUUAAUGCAGGAUCUCCCGACAGCUACCAGACUCUGUUCAUGUUACGUAUAGUUUUUAUUUGAAUCAUUCCUUUUCAUCUGUCUGUGCUAAGAGUCUCUGUAGUACUCUGUGGUGGCAUUCGUACAACAGGGUGAGUAGAAGGACCAGGUGACGGAUAAAUAUCAGCGACGUAUCCUGAUGAUUUUCAUGUUUAGGUGUUGUUUCUGCUCCGCGGUGCUUCGGCACAAACGAUCGGCCGUUUCCAUCGUUUUUACGUUUCGUAAAUGUGCAAACUGAAACUUUUUCUAGCGAGACGGUGAUUCUGUUUUUUUACUUGUUUGAACAAAACUUUUAAGCAAUAUGAAGCCAAAACUCCGCCGAACGGCCGGAGUUUGAUUAGUUGCGGAGGAACUGUAGAAGAGAGCCUGUUCGCAGCUGCUGGCGAACGAUCGUUAGCAAAAACUACAAAAACAAGAUGAUGUGUAACAACAAAAUCCAGACCACCAUUAAAAAAUAUCCAGUCAAAUGAAACUUGAGGUGGGUUUGAUUCACGAACCCGGGUCUCCUCGGUAAAGUCAUACUUUAAGUUGAUAAUACGAUAAUAAUGAUCAAUAUUUUACUGUUUAAUUUCUGCCUCUGAAUGCUGCUUAAAUAACUAAAGCGUGUUGUCUGCUUCGCCAACAUCUGAAUUACCCAACUGCUUUUCUGCAAACAUCGAGUGUCUUCGUUUAUCUGAUUCGUUGCACUUUCGGCCUCCGGACGUGUUCACAUACCUCAUUUUCCUCGUAAAGCAUUUCAUGUGUUUUAUUUUUUCUUCUUUCCACACAAACCUCAUUACCUCAGUAGAUGUACGCCGUUGAUAUUUGACUUCAGUAAUGUGUGUUUUUUUUUUAUUUUUUAUUUGUUCUGUUUCAUUUUGGGUGCGUCUCAUCUCUUUUAAAAUGGAUGCUGACGCUGUCGGGUAAAAACCACAAAACGACAAACGCACAAGCUUCUCAGGUUUGAAGAUGGGACCCUUGAGAUUAUAUAUUUAAAUAUAUCGUCUUUCAGGACUUGCACAGCUAGUUCGAACAGGUUUAUAAGAGCCCAGCAGGAUGACCUGAGAUAUGGAAGCCCGUUUAUGCCAAAACAAGGAAAACGGGCGGAAAAAAAUUAGGAACGAUAAAGAUUAUUAAAGCUGCAAGCAGCGACGAUCGGGCCCUCGCACCUCCGCGCACGUCGGGGCGGCUGUUGGACGCGGCUCUGACCGUACCAGUUGAAUCGGAUCAUCUUUGCCAUGGAAGGCUGACUUCCUGUUGCCACCAGGCGGCGCUGUGACUUUACGUCACCGUUGGCCUGUCGAUGUGAUCGGGGUGGGACUCUUAUCAAACAUUAGAGGCAGACUGGACGGUGUAAACUGAAGUUACAGCAACUUCCUGUUCAGAUAUUACUUUCUGUGUCCACUAUGUGGCGCUAGAGAACACACACUAAUAACGCUGGAUGUCACGUGGCGACUACACCAAUCAAUUCGAUGUGAAUCGGAUGAUGUUCGUCAUCUGUAAACAGCUGGCUGAUAUUUCAGAUGUAUUUAGUGAAACGUUUGUUUGAUGUUUUACACGUUUGAAAUCUUGUCAUUCAUUACACAACUUUUAAAGCGACAAAGUAAACAUUUAAACUGCGUUUAGGGUGUUUGACAAUUUUCCAAAAUGAUAUGUAAUAAGCAAAUAAAUGCAGAUUUAAAAACCAACAACGUCUUCAGACUCAGGAGGAUACAAUUAAAGUUUAAAAGGAGAUUAAAAUAUAAAACUGCAACAACAGAGAGUUAAAACCACGAGCGACGUAUAAAAUAUGCAAUAAUAUGAAAGAAUAAUCAGCCAAUUCCAGAUGUUCGUCUGCUGUCGGAUGCUUCGGGGUUUGUUUGGUCUUUUUUUAGCACGUUCACUUCACAGACUGCAGUUAUGUGGUUUUUACAGGACAGCCGCUGCCUCACUGCACUGUGUACAGACUAGAGGGAAACCUCGUAUCUCCACUAACUUCUCUUGCUGCCCGACGCGAACGCCGCGCUGAACCAGCUGUUAAAAGUGUAACAACAGCGUAUUAAAUACAGCGGUGGUUAUGAGGUUUUCUCCUGACAGCAGCAGCAUCAUGUGACCUGUUGACCAAUCAGUGCUCCCUCCUGUCCGUGUUUACAAAGCCACAGAAGAGAGAAAUGUUUCUGGUCGAUAAUACAAAAAGGGAAAUUAUGAAGUAUGAAGACAGAACCAGGUGAGUAGACGUGAUCUCAAUAACGAAUUCUGUCAGAAACCCUGAAAAUGUUUGAUUUAUAGCACAAUACAGGGACCCAAUACAUUAAUACCACUAUACAUUCAUUUAAGCUUUGCAUACUGAAGAGGACGUGGGUUAAGAUUAAAUUUGAAUAUUUAAGCGACGCUAAAAUCAUCAUUGAAAAUCUUUAUCUCGAACUUGCGAGCUACUGUUGUAAUAACUGACACCGAGAGAUACUGAGUGAUAAUUAUGGGAUACAGAUAAGGAAAAGAAUUGGAGACGUUAUCGUAAUUAUCAGAACACGUCUUUACAGGUUGUGUUGCUGUCAGCAAAGCUUAUGAAUUAAUUAAUAAUAAUAAUUUCCACCAGAUGCAUUUCUCUCCAGACGUUUUUUAAAGGAGGGCGCUCAACAAAUCAGUUACGUAGCUGGAAAAGGUUAUAAAUCUUAUUUUAAGCACUGAGACGCAUUCAGACGACAUUCAUGCGCACCUCUCAUGGAGCACAUCUUGACUCUUGUGAUUUUUAUUGUAUGCGUUGGCAGUUUCCUGAAAAGUGGUUGUGUGAUUCACAUGUGGAGAGAAGACGACCUUAUUUCAGUUCAGCUCUUUACGUUAAAAGAGUGAAAGAAGGGAAUCGGCUCUGCACUAGAAGCUACGUUUCACUGGGAGCCCAGAUGGACCUUCGAUCUUUAAAGAAAGGGGUCAGCGUAGAGAAGUGGAGCUGGAGUUUAUAAAACGUACUGCAGGAGUUCCUCAGGGAACGACCCGAGGUCCUCUUACUGUUCGACGCAAACGUGGGAAUGAGGGGAUGAAAGGGAUGUUUUUAGUGUUUUUUUAAAAGUUUUAUUUUCAAUCGAAAGAGUUUUACAUUAAGCAGAUUGUAUGUUUGUAAUGACAUGAGGAAAUGUGAGUGAAUGUUGGAGGGUUUUGGUUUUAUUUUAUUUUAAAUAUCUAUUUCUACUCCCUGUAUAAUCAACUGACUUGUUCUUGUUUGUCAAAGAAAGUUCAUCUCAGUUUUUGGAUUUGAUGCAAUACUUUUGAUAAAAAUGUGCCCUUUUUUUGUAAUUCAGCAGUCUAAACAAAUAUCAAAAGUUUCCUUUUUAAUAAUAAAAUGUAAAAAAAAAAAGUGCUGGAGUUGAGUGGCGGGCAGUUCAACCUUCAGUCAGGAAAUGUAAAGUUACAGUCAGUCUGUGAAAACUUAACUCAAAACAGAUGAUCUUUGACCAUUUUGUGAUUACUGCCGACGUUUCACGUGAAGCAGAAUAUUCACGGUUGUGUGGCUGUUUCGUCUCGUGCCCCGUGUUGAUCACAGCAGCACCGUCUGAAUGUCAUUUACGCCAAGUUACAGCUGCCUGCCAUGAUGUGAUGAUGAAGGCGAUGGUGAUGGUGUUUUUUUAUUUUUAUGACCUGUUUUAGUCGAUGAGACCGGGUACUUUUUAGUGUUACAAUUCAAACAAAACCAAUAAAUGUUCACGACGACCA